CCCCCGCCGCCGGAUUGUCGCUCUGGCUCUGAAAGUGAAAACAAACUUCGGGGCGGCCGCUGCCCGUUUCAGUGGAAACACCACAUGUUUCGUUUCCCUUUUGUUUCGGCUCUCGGAGGCGGGUGAGGCGUCAGAGGACCUGCCGGGACCGAGCCAUCGCUUCGCUCAGGGAAGGAACUCGGCGCAGGAACUCCCGGAGGCUCGGGGGGCAGGAUCCAGGCGAGCGGGCGGCCGGCCGGCCAGGCCAAGAAAGAGGCAGGCAGGCGGCCACCCCCUCCGGUUCAUGCGGCCGAAGCGGCGUCUCUCGCCGGGUUCCCCCAUGCGACCUCCACACGGGCCUCCGACUCCCGCCACCGCCUUGGCAACGCCCGCCCGCCUCGGGGUUGCGCUCUCUGGUGCGGUUGGCUCCAGAAGAUGAUUUUGGUGGGUCUUCCCUUUUUACCAUGUGGGGCUAAAGUGGGAGCAGGUGGCAAGAGAAGCGGCUUCUUCUCGGCAGCUCCUUAAGCAAAGAAGCGUCCCUCGCUCGAAAUGGAGGCUGGCGGCGAUAAUAAGCCACGUUUCGAGGAGGAGGAGGAGGAGGGGGCGGCGGCCCAGGCACAAGCACCGCCGCCGAGGAGUCCCCCGGGCGGGAGCGUGGAGGUGCCCGCCGCGGACUCCGCCAUGGACGCCUAUUUGCGAUCUCAGGGAUUGUACCGAAAGCGAGUGGCGAAGGACGGAUCGUGCCUCUUCCGAGCCGUAGCCGAGCAGGUUUUCCACUCUCAAUCUCAGCAUCUUGACAUUAGAAAGGCCUGCAUAAGCUACCUGCAGGAGAACCGAGAGCAGUUUGAAGCGUUUAUAGAGGGACCAUUUGAACAAUAUUUGAAGAGUCUAGAAAAUCCACAGGAAUGGGUUGGACAAGUGGAAAUAAGUGCCCUUUCUCUUAUGUACAAAAAAGAUUUUAUAAUCUAUCAGGAACCAAAUACCACUCCUUCGCAAGUAACUGAAAAUGGCUUUCCUGACAAGAUACUGCUGUGUUUUUCAAAUGGCAGUCACUAUGAUAUUGUUUAUCCUAUAGAAUAUACCAUCCGUGCUGCUCUUUGCCAGUCUAUUCUCUAUGAAGUGCUCUAUGAGAAAGUCUUUGGCGUUGAUGUGAGUAACAUCUUAGAAGAACUUGAACCUCCUGGUGCGACAAAGGAUGGCAGCUGGAACAACGAAGCAUCUGAUUCAGAGGACGAGAACAUGGAGAAUGAAGUGUCUACAGAUGGAUUGAAUCCUCUUGUGGGCAAUAAGCACAUUCCCAGACAUGAAAGAGCCAAUGCCAUCCCCUUACCUAGAAGUGUUCUUGGAUCACUCAAUCCAUCCAUUUACCAGAAUGUCGAAUAUGAAGUCUGGCAGCGGUCAAAACGAGCCCAGCAAAAACAAGAUUUUUCUAUUGCUGCUGGCAUGCAGUAUUCUGUCGGAGAUAAAUGUGAAGUCCGUUUAGACCACGGUGGAAGGUUUUACAAUGCUCAUAUCCAAGAAGUCCAGUCUUCAAGUGAGCCAAUUGUUGUCUUUGUGGAAGAGCUUGGUGUCAGGCAGUCAGUGCUGCUGAAGAAUCUUAAACCACUUCCUCAAGCAUCUCCCCUGGAAAGCUGGAAUACUGUGCCAGGGAAGAAGACUAAAAAGCCAACCCCAGUGUAUGCCCAAAACAUUAAGACUGAUGCACAGAGCAGAGGGCCCAAGAACCCGAACAAACCAAUAAAGGCCCAGUCAGCAGUGCCUCCGCGACUUCAGAGUGCAAGGCAGCAUCAUUUAUCCUUUUCUGGAGGGCAUUCCCAGCAGUCCUCUCCUGAGCACAGAACUUCAGGCAGAAAUCCUCAGCAGGCUGCCAGAAAGGCAGAUGGCGAGCGAACAGAAGAUUUGGACGGCACAAAUAGGGAUUGCAGCAGCACUGGCUUUCCUCCAGAAGAAUGCAAAGAGAAACAGGCUGUAGAAGAGAUGCACUCACUUUAUGGGAUUCAGUUACAGGAUGAAGAUGACUUUCCUGCACUUUCGAACCCACCAGUAUCUCAGGUGGCAACACAGAGUAAUGACCAUUCCGGAUGGAGAAAAACCAGUGUUCUUAAUGGGAGGAGAAGCAGCAGUCAAAAAGAAGAGAAGGAGGAGAGGACUUGUGUAGAAAUUAAGGAGGAGAAAGAGCCUAAUCCUGGGCAGACCUCUUUGGAUCAGAAGCUUCAGUCAAGAGUGUCCAAGGGCAGUGGGAAAGAGGCUGUAGAGGCAAGAAUAUCCCCUCCCUCAAGUCAUGGGAAUUCACAGUCCGUAUCUGUUGAACAGAACUUGCAGGAGCCCUUGUCAGGUGUGAAUCCCACUCUGUCUACAGCCUUUCCCAAGAUGCAUUUGUCUCCUUCAGUGCCUUCUGUACCAGCUGUUGUGCCAGCUUGGCCACGUGAGCCAUCCACCUAUGGACCAACAGGCGUUUCACCCCAAAUCCCUGUGUCAGCCGUGAUGCCCACACCAGCACUUGGGCUAGACUCACCUCUGUCUCAGGUGACCUCCAAUGCAGUCGCUGGCAUUCCAGUACCACUCCAGGCAGUUAACCAGCCAUUAAUGCCUAUGCCUCAAACACUUAAUCCUUACCAGGAUCCACUGUACCCUGGAUUCCCUUUGAAUGAAAAGGGGGAACGAGUCAUGGUGCCACCUUACUCCUUGUGCAGUACAGGAGUGGACCUACCAGAAGAUAAAAAUAUCCUCAGAUUUUUCUUUAACCUUGGUGUAAAGGCAUACAGUUGUCCUAUGUGGGCCCCACACUCAUAUUUGUACCCUCUACAUCAAGCUUGUCUGUCAGCCUGCAGAAUGUAUCCAAAGAUACCAGUGGCAGUAUAUUCUCCCAGCCCUUGGAUGCAAGAGGUACCAUUGACUCAAAAUGGAAAUGGAGCUGCACAUAUGGACGGACGCUUUCCCAUGCAGAAUGAGGUUGGCAUGAAUGGCCAGGGUCCACAAACUGAUGCCCUCUCUCCAUCCAUGCCCCUGUUCAUACCUGCUGCUCAAGUGCCUGAAAGCCAAGGACUUGUCUGUGUGGAGUCUGAAAAUCCAGCGCAAGCACUGCACGUUGACUACGAGUCAUUAGGAGGCAAAAACAUAUUCCCACAACCUCCGUUUGGGCAGAAUCCAUAUUUAGGACCUGUUCCAGUUUUUCCUCACCUUUGCUUUGGUUGUCCUGUUCAGGGCUAUGUUGACAAUUCUGUGGGGAGACAUAUUGUGCCACCUGAAGACAAGAGAUCUGAUGUGGGCUUGUCUAAUGAGUGCAGUUCCCCAGUUACAGAAGGUGGACACACUGAGUCACAUCCAGAGGCCAAGAAUGAAAGCUGUGCUCAAGGUUCACCUUUGCCUACAGGUACUGUAAAAAGUGAAUGUAGUGUCCCCAAUAAAACCUCAGCCAGAGUGCCUAAGGAGUUGCAGGUGUGUUCCGCUACCCCAUCUGCUGCUCAAGCAAAGUCUGUAUUUCAGAAGCGUUCCACAGAGACGCUGGACUUUAAGAGACAGACAUCAUCAACACGAAAAGCAGAACUGAAGAGUUUUGCUCUUGGUCAUAAAGAAAAGACUGACAAGGCCAGUGCAGCUGCCAGUGUAUCAGUAGGCUUUGAGGAAAGUAGGGCACAAAGGCCGAGGGAAGAUAGUUCAGAAGAUGAAUGUCAAGUAUCAGAUGUGCUGAAAAGUGGCAGGUCAAAGCAGUCUUAUAAUCAGACUUUUGUAGGUGGUAGGAGGCCUAGGAGUGAACAGGGCUAUCCUUCUGGAAGGGGGGCCUAUCAGUAUCCUAGAAAUGAGGAUUCAUGGAAGGGCCCAGCCACUAGAAACAGAGAUGAAGGCUACCAGUAUCACCGUACUUUUAGAGGACGGCCCUAUCGGCAUGAGAGAAGAAGAGGAAACAUGGGAGAUGGUCAUCGUGGGCAGCAGUUGUCUUAAGUACAAAGUCCACUGGCAGACUUCAGACAUGCAGCCGAAUGUUGAUAAGAGCUGUAAUAUUUCCAUACGCUCUGUGCUUUUCUGAAAGAAAAACCUGGUACAGUAUGCCUAUUGUAUCAUGGAAGUGUGGCCAUAUGAGGUCCAAGAGAAAUACACUCUUUCCAGUGUUAUACUUUUUUUUUUUUUUUGCAAGUACAAGUACUAAAUUGGGUUUAUUUAAUUUCUGGAGGUUACCUAGCUUUUGUGUUUUAAAGUACUAGAAGUGUAGGUUUUUUUUGUUUGCGAUCUAUUUUUCCUGUCAUUUUCUGAGUUUGUGGUGGUGGGGAGAAAGGAGCAACAACUUGCUUAUUUGGCACAUGACAAUGAAGAAUGUUGCACCAAAUAGAAUGUAUAUUGUAUUUUGUGUCUUGAUCAGCCUUCCCCGACUGUCUCUCCUCUGUGUUGGGCUACAUAUCUGGAGGAUACCACACGGAGGGCUGGUCUUUCCUAGACAGUUUUUUUUUAUGUGCUUCCAAUCCAAAGGACUUUCAUCUCAAAAACUGGUGGAACUUGAAUGUGUGCAACUGUAUCUAUCUCUCACUUUGACAAAAAUACCACUUAUGACAGCCAACUAUAGUAGUUUCUUAGGUAGUUUCUAGUGUUUAUUUAUAGGGGUAUAUUUUUAAAACUUUUUAAAGCGUUUCUUGACAUAGUAAAAGCAAUUAUGUGUGUGAGGUAGGUAGGAAGUUCAGCGGCAAAUCCUAGGCAGUCUUAACACUGGUAUGACUUUAAUGGUGCCUAUGCCAUCUUAUGUAUGUAAGACAAAAGUAGAUGCUGUGCAUUUCUGAAACAAUUUUGCAUCUGUUACAGCAGAACUUAAGAUAUUUAAGCACUGACAAAUCCUUAGCUGUGUGAGAGAGGAUUCAUGAAAUAGAUAUAAAUUCAACUCUUUUUUUAAAAAAAAAGCAAGGCUGAUUUCAAGCCUUUCCUCUUAUUUCUCUUGUACUAUUGAAUUUUUCCCCCCUGUAAAACACCUGGCUGAUUAAAAAAAGCUUGGUCACCUGCUUUGUAUCAGAAGAUCUCUUGUCUUUUUAAACUGUCCAUCUGCUUUUUUUGUCUGCCUUGCAAAAUGCUGCAGUAUGCACUCCCCCCUUUUUUUGCUCUAUAAAAGUGAACACUGUAUAUUUCUCUGUAUAUAUUGGUGUAAAAAAAAGGUGAUGGUUACUUUUAUGUUUAAGAAAUGGUAUAAUUCCUGAUCAGGAGCUUUGAGUGAAACUUUAUGAACUCCUCAGAUGCAUGCUAUAUAAUUAAAAAAUGUUUGCCCUUUUUGAUUUA